UGGCUUUUUUGCAAACGGGUGGGUCGAGGACUGCUACUUUUCAUCGGCGCGCCGCGGCGACGUCCAUGAACUCGGGGCUAGGUUGCGUGCGUGGUGCUGAUGAGAACGAUGGCAAGGGUUCUCAAGGUGAUGGCGAUGGCGAUGCCGCAGGAGGCCGCCAGAGCAGGGCUGGAGGAAGAGGAGAAGUGGGAGGAGGUGUUAGAGCAGCGAGAACGAUGAAGAAGCCAGCGGAGAGGAUCGUGAAGGCGCGAUGGCGAUUGUAUGAAUGGGCUCUUCCCGCCGAACUGAAAGAGAGAGAGAACGUGGUUAUGGACGAGAAAGAGCGGCUCGCUGUGGCUGAGCAACGGAUUUUGCAGGCGGUGAAAGAAGGCGAGUUCGAUAAACUGGCGGGAAAAGGCAGACCCCUGAGGACUGUCGAGAACAUGAAUCCUUAUCUAGAUCCGGCUGAUGACGUGGCAUUUCGAGUCCUUGGGCAUAAUGGUUUCGCGCCAGAUUGGGUGGUUCUGAACAAAGAGAUAAGAUUGGAUAUGAUGCGUUGGCGGGAACGGUUGCGUAAUCUGAUGCGGGCGACGAUGGCGGGAAAGGGGAGGGAGACGAUCGCGGGAAGAAGGGGCGACCCAGUGCGGACGAGAGCGAUGGAGGAGGAAGAGGCAGUGAGACGAGGAGGAGGAGGAGGAGAAGGGAAACACACGGAAAUCGACGAGGAGGGGGGAGGGGAGAGGGAGGAGAGGAAGGGAGGAAGGAGAGUGGGAGGAGCGGGCGAGAUGGAGAUGGAAGACGGACAGGCAUGGCGAUGGCGGGAAGGGAUGGCGAAGCUCGAGAAGGAGCUGGAGGACGUCAACAAAAAGGUCCUGCAUUACAAUCUGAUCGUGCCAUUUACCCAGCAAGUGAUGUACUUCAAGGUGGAACGAGAGAUAUCUCGUGUGGACAGGGAGCUGGCGCGAGAAUCGUCGCAAAGGCCAGCAGGCAUGGACCCAAGUUGAUGGAUAAGGAUGGGACCACGGCGAUCCCAUCUUUUGACUGAUCUGCAGGCCUGACAGGCCCGAUCUUCUUGAGAGCAAGUGAGGAGGAGCACGCACACGCUGCAACUUUAUAGGCAAUGGAGAAGCAACCACACCUGCCUGAUCAUCUUGUGCUGCUACCGUCUUCAACCGAAUAGUACGCCCGGUUAUUAUAGCAGUAUCUGGACUGAAAAGUGCACCAAAUACGGCUAUAAUGACCGGGCGUUCUAUUCGGGGGAAGACGGUAGCUCAAAAGUCUCUCUUCUCUUCUCUUCUCUUCUCUUCUCUUCUCAAAGGCCGGCGGGAACGAGGACCCAUCAUCCCCAUUUCGUGUAGGAGCCGGAACUC